GGCGCGCGCCUAAGCCGCGCCCUCCCGGCGGCUUCCUGGCUGUCAAACCGCAGCGGGAGCGAGGGGCGUAGGGUGUGGAGUCCCUUCCUCAGUUUACCCCGCAAGCGAAAAAGGAAAGGGUGAGAUCCACUUUGUAGCAGUAUCAGGGACCUGUCUGCGCCGCGCUUUGUGGGUGACAGCGGAUUCUCUUCCCUCGAGGGACCGAAGAGCGGGGGCGGACAGAAAGGGGUGCUCCACCUGGAUUAGGAAGUUUCCCGGCUCCGGGCUACAGCCGAGGGGACACGUCCGUGCCGCACGCACGUUCGUGUCGCAGGACCUCCCCACCCCGUCUGCAUGUUCCCAGCUGCCGCUUAAAGUAGCUUUGCCUUGCACAGAUUGUUAGAGCCUCCCCGGAUGCUCUGCGGCCCGAGAAUCCGGCUCCCCCGAGGUCCCGCAGGACGUCUUCCUGGUUUUGCAUCGCAUCAGGACUUCACUGGAACUGCUUUUUAAGUCUCGUCCUGACAGCCACUACCGCCUCUGGCGCCCUGAAUCUGUUAUUUCUCACAUUGGCAUUGCCCACGGUACAGCUGUUGACGUCACUUAGCACUGACCUGAAGCCCGCGGUGCGUGGCCCAGGAGCGGGGGCGGUGAUGAGCUGCUGAGGUGGCAGAAGCGGUGCCGAGGGAGCACCCCAGAUGCUGCCCUGCUUCCAGCUGCUGCGCAUAGGGGGCGGCAGGGGCGGUGAUCUCUACACCUUCCACCCCCCGUCCAGGUCGGGCUGCACCUACCGACUGGGCUGCAGGGCUGACCUGUGUGAUGUGGCCCUGCGGCCCCAGCAGGAGCCGGGCCUCAUCUCUGGGGUCCAUGCGGAGCUGCAUGCUGAGCUCCAAGGGGACGACUGGAGGGUCAGCCUGGAGGACCACAGCAGCCAAGGGACUUUGGUCAAUAAUGUUCGACUGCCCAGAGGCCACAGGCUGGAGCUGAAUGAUGGUGACCUUCUGACCUUUGGCCCUGAAGGGCAAGCAGGAACCAGCUCCUCGGAAUUCUACUUCAUGUUCCAACAAGUCCGGGUCAAACCUCAGGACUUUGCUGCCAUCACUGUCCCUCGGUCCAGGGGAGAAGCUGGGGCCGGUUUCCAGCCCAUGGUGCCCCCUCAGGGGGCACCCCAGCGGCCACUCAGCACCCUCUCCUCUGCCCCCAAGGCCACACUGAUCCUCAACUCCAUCGGCAGCCUCAGCAAGCUGCAGCCCCAGCCCCUCACCUUCUCCAGGGGUGGAGGCCGACCACAAAGCCUGGCUGCUCCCACCCAACCUGGCGAAGUGGGGGCUUCAUCUACUCCGCCCACAAGGAACAGGAGGAAAUCGGCUCACAGAGUGUUGGCAGAACUGGACGACGAGAGCGAGGCUUCCCUGUGCCCCCUGUCAGUCCUGAUGGAGCCCAGGAAGAAGCUCCGCAUGGAGAAAGCCGCUCUGGUGUCCAAUGGGAGGGAAUGAGCACAGGAGAAAUCCAUUGCCAUAGACUCAAGGCUGAAGAACCCUCAUGGCUGAGGUGACAAAAUAAAAGAUGGUUUCCUGCCAAAGGUGUUGCUGCCAAGUUCCCAUGGACACCAGAGUUACCUGCUGCUGGAGCAACCAUCACAGAAGCCACCCCAGGGCUUCCUUAUAUCAUGGCUAGUGCCGCAGCUGACUGGGUCUCUGGCUUUUCAGAGCUUUGCCUUUAAAUAAAAAUAAAUUUGCUUCAUCCACA